AUGGCGGCGACGCAGCCAGCAGCAGUACCCGAUCAUGCGGCCGCCGAAGCCGCCUUUCGCAAAUUCACAACCGAGCUGUGGACGCUGUACGCCGUCGGCCUGUCGUCGACCAUGCUGCGGACGUACGCGCGCAUACGAGCAGUUGGUGUCCGCGGCCUGCGACCGGACGACUAUUUCGUCUGGGUCGGUGUUCUCUUUUACACUGCGCAGACAACACUCGGGUACAAUGUGGGCCAUGCAGCACACGGCCUGGCCAACAAUGGCAUGACUGAGACGCAGCGCGCGAGCCUGGAUCCGAAUAGUGACGAAUACAUGAGACGAGUGGUUGGAUCCAAGAUCCAGGUGGCAGGCUGGUCGACGUAUGUUUGUCUCAUGACGGGCCUGAAGAUAUCCAUGCUCUUCUUCCUCGCUAGGCUCAUGUUUGGUCUGGGACGCUCAUUUCAGCUUCGAAUCUUUGUUGGCUUCAUCCUCGUCAUCGCUACAUUCAUCGCCUGCAUCGUCAGCAUUUUUGUAUCGUGCCGCCCGUUGCAACACUACUGGGCCAUCUACCCCAAUCCGGGCAACAUCUAUCUCAUCAUGAUACCCCUUCCCAUACUGUGGCAGUCCUCGCUCCCGCUGUCCAAGAAGAUUGCCUCGACCGUUGUGCUAGGCGCGGGAAUAUUCGUCCUCGUCUGCGCGACCUUGAAGAGCGCCUUUGUCCUAGCAGAUCCCGUCAACGGCGCCCAGCUGGCCGGGUCGUGGGGCACCCGCGAGGCCUUUGUCGCCGUCAUCACCACCAACCUCCCCAUGAUCUUCCCGCUCGUCAAGCGCUGGCUGCGCCCGUUAUUGCCGAAGCAGCUGUCCGCCUCGCAGAAGCUGGAGAAGUCGCCCACGGGCUUCCGCACCAUCGGCGGCGGCGGGCCGGGCGUCGGCGCCGAGGCGCGGCGCAAACCGGCGAGCGCCAACGCGCUCACCGACUUUACUACCUAUAAUGCGUCGGAGGAGCACGUGGCGGCGGAGAUAAAGAAGGAGCAGCAGCAGCACCGGGCUAUGGUUCAUUUGGAGGAGAUGACUGAUCUGGAGGCGAGCGCGGGCGGUCAUGGCCAUUCGCCCGUACUGGAUGCGGGCGACGCGGAGCACGAAGAGUGGACGCAGUUUCAGCGCGUCGCGAGGGAUUAG